AUGGGGUUUUUAGUUCCUGGUGUCAGAUUUAUACACGAUAAGAAACGUAAAGGGAGACAAAAUAAACCCUGUUCAAAUUUAGUUUACACUAAUGAAAAUAAAAUAUUCAACAGAAGAUAUCCUAAUGAACUAUUUCUUCAACAUACAGACAAGCUAGCAAGAAUUUACAGAGGCUUCAUAAGAAUGUCGAAAAGUACAAGAAAUGUUAACGGCAUAGUUAAGUUUAAGAAUCUGGAAUACUUCCGACGUAGAUUAGAGGAGUAUAUAAUAUUAGUCCAGGAGCUUGAGAAUUUCAGCCAUGAAAAAUUUCGGCUACCAAUACCCAAAAGUGAUGCAAUUGAUUUACUUCGGAAAAUUAUAACCAUGCAAGGCAUGGAUCUAUUAGAAAGAGUCAACGAAAAUAUGAAAAACCACAAGGUUCCCCCGUUGGAGGCCAGAUUGUCCAGAAAUCUUGAAUUAAUUGAAGGUGGCUGUAUUUUAUUCAAUAAGUUUUUGAGCCAUGGCUUGACUGUAGAGAUCAAGAAGAAAGAAUCGAUAACCCCGGUAUUGUCUGAUCAAGUGCAAAAGUCAAAAAAAAUACAGGAGUUGAACAAACGGCAAUUUACAAAUAAAAGGCAAGAUCCAAAGGUGAAUUUAUUUGAUGAGUUACUUUAUUCGCAACGCAAGAUUACCGAGUUACCCGACGAGAUACUAGUUAAAAUUAUAUCAUAUUCGAAUAAUGUCAAUAAUAUCUCAAUGGUUUCCAAAUUCUUUCAUAAUUUCAUCAUGUCACACCUUGAAUUCAUUUCAUUUGAAGUCAUUGCUAAUAAAUAUACCCAUAGAUAUAAGCUAACUAAGGAUACCGAUGGAGGUGACCCUUACUCCAAUGAUGAACAUCACCUACUGAACUCACAUAACAUCAAAGUACAUGAAGCAGAGUAUUCGGAGAUGGAAACCAGAGCAUUGAUUAGCUCAGAUUUUAAAAGAGAUGUCAAUGGAAAUUUUAUCCUUACUAGGUAUAAGGACAAGAACAACUUGAUAGUUUUAUCUUCUGGAGUAUUUGAUACACCCUUUUUGACAUAUCAAAUCUACAAAUCCCUGAAAGUAGAUCACGUCAUACCCGUAUCUGCAUGGCAAGACCUACAAGAACGAUAUAACACUGAGUUAAGCAAACUUGCGAAACCCACCGAUAGAAUAAGUAAAAUGGCCUUUCAACAAUUUUGGAACGAGACUGCUAUUAAUAUGCCUUAUAUGAACCAGUUCAAUCCAGGAAGUUUAGAGAUGAUAAAAAAUGGAACUUAUGUGGAUAAGUUGCGCAUAAUUUUAGAUUUGAUGGUUUCGAAAACUAGAUUCACUAAUGAUCUAGAAGAUAUACUAUUUUUCAUUACGUCCUUGAUUGUACAGGUUGAGUCUGACCAAGUGGAUGAUGCUAUGGAUUCGUGUAUCGUACCAUUUGAUAUCUUGAAGCAGUAUUCAAUUUAUCAUUUGAGACAAAACAGAAGCGAGACAGAGGGAGAAGACCAAAGACAAGAGGCUAAUGAAGUUGGUAAUGAUAAUAAUGCGAAUAGGCGUAGUGACGAUGAAUAUUGGAAUGAGUUGACACUAAAAAAUCCAUAUUUUUAUGCAUAUUUGAAAAACACAGCAAACGAAGAACUGGAAUAUGAAUUCUGUCGAGUCUUCUAUCGUAGUGGUAUUGAAAACAAUGUGCAGUUCUGGACUGGAUUAAAAAAUAUGGGAGAAAUGGAUCUGAUUGAAGAGUUAAUAGAGCGGAACAUUGCUCCAUCACCAUUCAUAUUAACGUUAUUGGCUGGAUAG